AUGGAGGACUCCAAAGAACAAUCGAAGAGCGCGUUGAAGAAGGCCGAGAAGCAGGCCAAGCUGGCCGCUGCCAAAGCCGAAAAGGUCGCGAAGCAAGCAACGCUCCCCGUCGUUGGCGGGAAGAAGACUGACGACAUCAUCGGCAUCACCGCUUCCAAGACCGACAACUUCUCACAAUGGUAUCAAGAGGUCGUGCUCAAAGCUGAGAUGAUCGAGUACUACAGCGAAAUUUCAGGGUUCUUCAUCAUGCGCCCCGCCACAAUGCACAUUUGGAACACGAUCAGGAAAUGGUUUCAGGAGAGAAUCGAGGCUAUGGGUGUCGAGGAAACCAACUUCCCCAUGUUCUUGUCGGGAAAGUCGCUCGAGAAGGAGAAAGACCAUAUUGAUGGAUUCGCUCCCGAGCUCGCAUGGGUGACAAAGGCGGGUGACAAAGACAUCGAGGUCCCGAUUGCUGUCCGUCCUACCUCCGAAGCCGCCAUGUACCCUUACUACUCGAAAUGGAUCCGUAGCCAUCGCGAUCUUCCCUUCCGUCUAAACCAGUGGAACUCGGUCGUCCGCUGGGAAGCUAAGCAGACCACCCCAUUCCUUCGCGCCAGAGAGUUCCUCUGGCAAGAAGGCCACACCGCCCACCUCACAGAACAGCUCGCCGGCGAGGAGGUCCUGCAGAUCCUUGAGCUGUAUGCCGGCGUCUAUGAACAGCUUCUUGCCGUUCCGGUCGUGCGGGGGAGGAAAACCGAGGCUGAGAAGUUUGCUGGCGGCUAUUACACAACCACAGUCGAAGGAUACAUUCCCUCAAAUGGGCGUGGUAUUCAGGGCGCGACAUCUCACUGCCUUGGGCAGAACUUUUCCAAGAUGUUUGACAUCACGGUAGAGGACCCCAACGUGAAAGGGAAGCACAUCCACGUAUGGCAGAACUCGUGGGGCUUGUCGACCCGUGUCAUUGGUGUGAUGGUCAUGAUCCAUGGCGACGACAAAGGCCUCGUGCUUCCGCCCCGGAUCGCCAAGCUCCAGUCCAUCCUCAUCCCUGUCGGCCUUACGGCCAAGAUGUCGGCUGAGGACAAGGAAAAGCAUCUCAAGCACCUCGACGAGAUUUUCUUCACUCUCAAGAAGGCUGGAAUCCGCACUGACGUCGACCUGCGAGAUGGUUACACCCCCGCCUGGAAGUUCAACGACUGGGAACUCAAGGGUGUCCCCCUGCGUCUCGAGUUUGGUCCCAAGGAUGCGGCGAAGGAGGUUGUCAGCUACGCCCGGCGUGACACAGGCGAGAAGGGCACAAUUCCCAUCGCCGAACUAACCACCAAGGUCCCCGAACUGCUCGAGACGAUUCAACAGGACAUGUACAACAAGGCCGAGGCGGCCUAUCGCGAGCAUCGUCUGCAACUUACCAAGUGGGAGGAAGUGGUGCCCGCGCUUGACGCCAAGAACGUGGUCAUCAUUCCCCACUGUCUCGUGCCGGACUGUGAGGACCGUAUCAAGGAGUUGACCACCGGCCACUCGGACGAGACCACUCCUGAGGGUCAAAAGGCCCCCUCUAUGGGCAUGAAAUCGCUAUGCAUUCCCUUCGAGCAGCCAGAAGGCCUAGUCAAGGGCGAGACCAAGUGUCUGAACCCCGAGUGCAGCCGCCUGGCCGAGCAAUGGUGUAUGUUUGGUCGCAGCUAUUGA